CACCGGCCCGGAAGAAGCUGAUGCGAGCUGGCGGUGCGGCAGCCAUCGCUCUGUGCCGUAGCGGCUCGGAGGGUGUAGGACAGACGCCGAGCCGGGAACUGAAUUCUUUCCAGUAGCAGAUCCUAUAAGAUUUGGAUAUGUCCUUCAUAUUUGACUGGAUUUACAGUGGUUUCAGCAGUGUGCUGCAGUUUUUAGGAUUAUAUAAGAAAACUGGUAAAUUGGUGUUUCUUGGAUUGGAUAAUGCGGGAAAAACAACACUUCUCCACAUGCUCAAAGAUGACAGACUUGGACAGCAUGUCCCAACGUUACAUCCUACUUCAGAAGAACUAACCAUUGCUGGCAUGACUUUUACAACUUUUGAUCUGGGUGGACAUGUUCAAGCUCGAAGAGUGUGGAAAAACUACCUUCCUGCUAUCAAUGGCAUUGUAUUUCUGGUGGAUUGUGCAGACCAUGAAAGGCUGUUAGAAUCAAAAGAAGAACUUGAUUCACUAAUGACAGAUGAAACUACUGCCAAUGUGCCUAUCCUGAUUCUUGGGAAUAAGAUUGACAGACCUGAAGCUAUCAGUGAAGAGAGGUUACGAGAGAUGUUUGGUUUAUAUGGUCAGACAACAGGAAAGGGCAAUAUAUCUCUGAAAGAACUAAACGCCCGACCCUUAGAAGUCUUCAUGUGCAGUGUGCUCAAAAGACAAGGCUAUGGAGAAGGCUUCCGCUGGAUGGCACAAUACAUCAAUUAGCACCAACCCAUGUGGCUUCCAGGUCUCACCGUUCAGGCCUACUCAGAGAUUUGAUCACUCAGCAUACAUAACUUGAAUUCAAUAGACUUUUGUUGGCUAUAAAGCAGGUGUUUUUUAGACUAUUAAUGUUUUAUCCACUUAAUUUGAGUGAAAAUUGAAAACUGAUUCAAGUAAGUUUGAAUAUCACAAUGUUAGCUUUCUAAUUCCAUAAAAAUAAUUAGUUAUUACAAUUUGUAAUCGAACAUUACCCCCCAGCACUAUUUAUAAAGAGCAACUUUCCAGCAGUACAUUUGAAGCACUUUUUAACAACGUAAAACUACAACUAUAACCCACAUUGAAAAGCUCAUCAUGUUAAAUUUUUUAUGUACUUUUUUGGAACUAGUUCUAAAAUUUUAGAUUAUAUGUCUACCUAUCUUAAGAGUACAGUUAAAUAAUUAGCUUAUCGAUGAUUGCAUGAUGCCUACAGUUUUCAAUAAUAUUUUGUCUUAUGCCAACGUCAUGCAAUAAAACAAACUAUAAUGUUUGGCAAAUGUUUCAUUUUAAUGUGUUUUAUCUAGCUAGUAGCCUCUGAAAAUUUGAAUAUUUAAUAUUAUACAUAUCAGAGGGUUGUUGGGAAAGAAGAUUGCUUCAGAAAAUUUAGAAUAGUGUUUAAGCCUUUAGAGGCUUUUGCAUUUACCAGGAGCACAGUGGUGUCUGGUUGCACCUGCUACCACGUUUAUCUCUGAAUCAUGUGUGUUUUUAUCAGUAAGGCUACCAUUACCAGUGCUGAUGGGGUCCAUGUCUUAAUCCCUUUGAGAUCGGCCUUCUGGAAAAAAAAAAAAAAAAUGGCACUUCUACUAGUACAACACAAGGUUGCUUCUUGGUUUGGGAGGCCCUGUAGCUUCAUCUCAGAGCCCUAUUGGUGUAGUGGUUACACAUUCGGCUGCUAGCCAAAAGGUCAGCAGUUCAGAUCCACCAGCCGCUCCUUGGAAACCCUAUGGGGCAGUUCUGCUCUGUCCUGUAGGGUUGCUGUGAGUUGGAAUCGACUCGACAGCAAUGGGUUUGGUUUUCUGGUUUUAUACCUUCAUCUCAGUGGUCUAAUUUGGAAAUGCUUCAAUUUUAUUGGUACCAGGUUUGACAGUCUAUGCGUUGUCACCAAAAGUAGUUCUCCAUACUGUCUCUCCACAUUUAGAGGUACUCCCCAGUCUCUACAUUUAAUGGUAUUCCCCAGGGCAAGCAACAAGUAGAGCCUUGUGCACAGGUUCUUUGUGAAGGACUGCAUAUCCUCGGAAAAAGAAACAACCUGCUCUGCUUCAGUCAUCACUGAGACGCGUGGGGAUUUUGCUCUGAUCUUAUAGCUCUUUUGCUUUCUUUAGUGUAUUUUAUUUCUUGGUAGCAAGAAAAUGAAUUUUUUUUUUUUUUAGUUACUCUCAGCUAGUUGUUACUUUGUAGAGGUAUAAUUUUGUUUUAGGUAUAAUGCUUGUCUCACUGAUAGAUUUAGGAAUAAAAUUUUAGUUCGUUUUUCUAAAGUGUUAUGAUUUCAUAAAAAUGUGGUCUCUUCAUUGAAUUCUUUUUUCCAUAUGUCUGAGAUUCCCAUAAUUAGUAAGAUAAGAUGAAAGGUAAAUGCCAAAUAUGUAUUUUUAAAGACUCAAGCUUAAGAUUUCUCUCUUGAUUAUAAACCAAGUAUUUUAUAGUAUAUUUAACCAACUCCAUUGAGAAUAAAUUGCUCCAGUUCAUCAAGAAUAAUUUUAAUAUCAGAAUUGGUAUUUUCUGUAGCCAUCCUCCAAGUCAGAGUUACAGUCUUUUCUGUUGUUGAUAAUGUAACCCAUGAGGCAGGUAAGGAUUGAGGAAUAAGAGUGGAGGGAAUUACUGGUUAUUUCACUGGAGAAGUUAAACUGGCAGGGUCAUUUCUUAACAUGACAUUUGGCUUUAGUAAGUUGGCUGUUCUUUUUCACUCUGAGUUUCUUUCUAAAUGAAAAUAAAAGAGCUUCCUACCUGCCUAGAAACAUAGGUAACACUAAGUAGAAAGUAGGAAAAUGACACGUCAGCCUGUUGGUUAAGCUUAAAUUACUCACCCCCAAAGACUAAAUAGAACUAAGCCUUAGUAAAAUAGUAACUGCCUCUUAUUGAUAAUAUCUGUCAUCAGUAACUUCAGGGAAAUACCUUUGUUCAAGUAUUUCCUAUAAUGAGGAAAAAGUUUCCUGGUAAAAAAAUAUCUUGCUCCAGAACCCUCAUUCUAGUCUGACGCUGGGGCCAAAGAAGCACAUAGUCACUUUGUGGACCACAGCUACACUGGGGGUAUUUUCCCAAUGAUAAGUGAGCCCUAUGGCCUGAGCCUCUAGAAAUGAAACUGCACUUAGCAGCAACCAACUUUCCUCUCAGUUUUAGGGGGAUGGGUCUACAGAGCUCCUUAGCCACUGGGCUUACCAUCUAGUGCUGAGAAUUCCUCCAGAGCACAUGCACUGGGUCCCUGUUCCCUUUCAGAGAGAGCAGUAAGAAACAGUAGAAACACAUGGGAAAACACAUACGUACUCUGUAUGUGCCGGUGUGUGCACCUGUGGAGUAUCUUGUAGGUAAAUGCUAGUGUUGGGAUAUAGAUAAAUUUCAUGUUAACACAGUUGUAUGCAAGUUAAGAUUGGAUUCCAUAUAAAUUGGGCAGUGUUCAAAAGAUUUUUGUUGCUGUUUUUAAAAUCUUAAGUCCAAAACUCUAGAAGCAUGAAGUCUCAGCCCACUUUUAGAUUUUUAGAGAUUAUUUCACAUCUGUAUCAGUGACUACUGUUAAUUACACUUUUGGAUCAUAACUGGUUAAAUUGAUAGGUUCCAAUUUCUCUUUAUCUCAGUGAAUAUUUAGAAGUUUUUUAAUUUGGAGGUAUACAUUUCCUAAAGAAUAUGAAAAAAAAAUUCACCAUUGGUUUAGUUGAACCAGUAUCUUUGUAUGAGUGCCAAAGAAGUACAAAUUCAGAUAUUGCCUUCAUACAUCUAAAUUUUAGUUUUAUGUGCCUGCCUGCAUAUACAAACUUACUGUGGUUUAUGACAUAAAGACAGAACAUUGUUUCUUUUCUUUUCGACUGGCUCACACUUCUCUAGUCCUGUCCAGCCUGUAAACUACUUGUAAGUCAUUACAAUAGGGUGAUAGCUGUGAUAAUAGUGUUUCUUUCCUGCCUCAAAAUUAUUUGAUCUCCCACAUUCAAAGCCCAGCAUUUUCACAAGUUCUAAAAUAAAAUCAGUAUACUUCUAGUUGACAUGAUUUGAGAGUUUCAGAGGAAAGGUUUAUAUUUUCUGAAACUCUGUAUUUGGAAUAUGACUUCAUGUGACAUUUCAGUGUUGUUUGUGACACGGUGAUGACAUAACUUAAGUUUGCAAGGAUGUAUUGCCAAAUAAAAUUUGACCAGAUACACUGAGAGUAGCUUAUAUAAGAGGAAAGCCUCUCAAAAUACCUUGUGUUCAGUUUAUUUAGAAUGUAUUAUUUGGAUCAUUUUAAACAUAUGUAAAAAGCUGAUGAUACAUUGCAUCUAUAAAUACAGAGAUAAUUCCUAAUUAGAGUUGCCAGAUAAAAUACAGGAUGCUUAGUUAGAUUUGAAUUUCAGAUAAAGAAUGAAUAAAUGUAUCUGAAAUUUAAUUUAUAUGAGUACCCUGUAUUUUCUUUUCCUAAGUCUUACAGUCCUGUUGUGAAUACGUGGGACUACAACGGCCACCAAAGAUGAAAGUGUGCUAAACCAGAUUAUAUAUGUAGUACCUUAGAGUUGGAGCCCUGGCUGCAGUUGGAAUCCACCAGCCACUCCUUGGAAAUCCUAUGGGACAGUUCUACCCUGUCCUAUAGGGUCGCUGUGAGUCUGAAUCAACUCAAGGGCACGCAACAACCAUCACCUUAGAGUUUGAUGCCAAGGAAAUGGCUGAGUUUCCCCUCUUCCUUUGCUCUCUGUUUCUCUUUCCUGGACACCCUGUAUUUCUGUGUGGUUUGCUUUCCCAAAACAUUUUCUCAAAUAGACCAAGUUUUAGCAUGUUUCAGAGUUUCAUUCCUGUACCGAAUGAUGACCAUUUCGAUCAUGAGGGCUUGUGUUCUUUAUAAAGAAACAAAAAAGGCAGUCACCGACUAGCUCCUAAGGACGUGAACCUUCUUAAUGCACUUGGCAGCCUCAGGGCCUAGCACAAGGCCUGGCCGGAGCAGGUCAUCAGCUGAUGUUUGCUCUUUCCCUAGAUAUGCUGCCAUUCUGUUAUGUUGGAGAGAGGAAGGGACGGAAUUGGCACCAAUGUGACCAUAUGUGAUUCAUCUUUUUAUUCUCUUUUUUUACAUUGUCUCAAAUAGGACCUCAAGAAAUGAACUCAACUAAAAAAAAGUUGAUGAAGCUUCAAAAAAUCUCCAAGAAUGCAUUAAAAAAAUAAAGAUUAGCAAAUAUAAAUUCCUUAAGCAAAAUUGACAGAGAAUUAAAAGUAGCCUAUUAAUAUAAACUCCAAAGCUUUUGCUAUAAAUUUGAGAGUUCAGAAAAUGGUAUUUCUUCAAUUAAGGACUAGAUGCUGAAAGAUACAUGUUGAUAUUUCUGGUUAUUUCCAUUAUUAUCCUUCCUUUUGAAAUGUUAGUGCUUUUUAACAACAACAGAAGAACAAGCUCUUAGAAUAUGUGAUUGUGCUUCUGUGUAAAGUGAUUGGGAUUUUGUUCAAACUAGGUUUCCACUCUUGAACCCUACAACCAUCCUCCUUCAUGGCCCCCAGCUGAUAAAGAGAUCCCCGAGUAUGAAGGGAAUCUAGUUUAUUGAAGGUGCAGUUCUGAACCAACUAAUUUUUGUCCUCAAUUUAGAAUACUGAGUAGCUGUUUAAUGCUACUGGUUGAUUGUCCAGGGCUCUGACCACACUUUUAAGUAGAAUCCAAGAUAAUCAAAGUUAUCCAAACUAAACUCUAUUGUUUCAGGAGUUUCCCCCUCCCCAAAUGGUUUUUAGGACAGAAAUGAGAAAGGCUUUUGAUUGAUUUCACGCAGAAUUAUUUUUGGAAAAACUGCACUGGAGUGGAUAGAUUCUCCAGGUUGCAUUUGGAGUGGGAAAUUAGAUUUAAUUUUAGUUUUAAAUAUUUUAAGGUAAAGGUGGUUGACAAUUCUGUACCUUUUGACAUACAGGUUUCCUUCUGAAUUGUUUUCUUUAUCAAGCAUAAAGAUGCACAUUAGCAUGGCCAACUUCACAUGGGUUCUGUAUUCCCUGGUGCUGCUCCUAACCUGAACUCAUAAUCCGUUGCCAUAUUUGAGGCAAGAGCACUCAGGAUGAAUGUAGUCAGGUUACUUUAAAGUGAUAAAAAUGUUUCUGUGGUGAGGCCUUCAGUAUUUGGCUGAAUGCAGAGUAUGUUGGCCUGGUAAGUCAGUGAUAAGUUCUUCAUCACUAACCUUGUUUGCACUUUUGAACACCACUGCUUGCACUAGCUUCUUAGCGUGAAUUUUAACAAUUGGUUUACAGUGUGUACAGAUUAUUAAGCAUAAUUUAUAUAAAGAUGUUUCUGUUUACUUUUAUGUAUUUUACAAAGAACAAUUAUGAUAGAUUGUUAAAUGUUCUUGAAUUGUGUUUGUAUGUUAUUUUGAUUAUGUUCUAUUACCUUUCACCCCCUAUGAAUUCGACUGUCAGUAAUAUAAAAAUAAAAUGCUAACCUGGUCUUUGAAGAA